AUGAUUUCAUUUGAUGAGAUUUUCGAAUUUCUCCGGGAAGCAGAAAUAACAUGCGAUAAUUUUAAUGAACAAAGAGAAGAACAGGAAAAGAUAAUCCUCUUUUUGAACGAACUAAAGUCGUACAUUGCUGAUUUUUCCAUAUCUCUUAAGCAAAAUGUAAAUUCAUAUGAAGACGUAACUGAGAUUGAUAUUUUGAAGAAAAUUAUUACAAAAAAGGAAAGUUUAGAACAUGUCAUUCGGAAGGAAAUAGAUAAUUAUGUUCCUACAAACAUUUUGAAAAAUAAUAUCUCCAUUUCUUCUGCAUACUUUAAAGAAUAUUACACAUUUCCUGAUCCUAUUAAUACUAAUUUAAGAUCUAUCUCAGAAGAGCAAUCAUUAAAUGAAAUAUCCCCUGGGUUAAAUGUUGUUAAAUCGAUUUCGAGAGUAAAGGGGGACAUAUUAAACCAAUCGAAAGAUAUAAAUUUGGAUGUAACAUCAAAUUUACCUUCGAACUUGAACUCAGAAUGUGGUAUUAUUCUUACUAUACCUCCACUUGUUGAGGAAAAAGAAACGACAGAGGGAAGUAAAACUGAAAUAUCACGACGUAUUCAGAUUAAUGUACAAGCCGAAGAAGUGGUGCAUACAAAUCAAGAAAAAACUAAGAAUGAAAAAAUAACUACCCAAUCUUCUGGAAAAGAAGAAAUCUAUGAUGGGAUAGAAAUUUUAAAGGAAGAGGUACUAAAAGAAUGGAGCGAACAAAUAGAUGAGUAUGAUAAUUUGUUGUACGAAUAUUCUUUUGCGUAUAAAAAAAAAGAUUUGGAAAAAAAAAUCGAAACCAGAAAAAGUAUGAACAAGUCAGGUGAUGAAAAUGUCGAUGAAGAAUUAUGCCUACUUGCACAAGAAAUGAAAGAAAAUGUAUUAACAUACAGAGAAAUAAUUGUGCAGGAUAACCAAAUGUUAGAACAGUCCGCACAUAAGCAACUAACGAAUUUAGAUAAUAUAUCCCAUGUUCACAAAAAUCUAAAGCAAAUGGGGAAAAGCCAAAACAUUUCCUUUUUCAUGUCUCUCAUUAUAAUUGUCGUUUCUGUCCUACUCUUUAUGUUUACUUUUUUUAUUAUUCUGAUUUUGUAA